CGCACCAAACCAAACCGAAACCAUUUUGUAAAGUUGGACGACCUCGUGCACAAGCGUGCGUGAACAGCGUUUACGAUAAGUACAGCGUGGAUUAAUUGUUGGUUAGGAGGUAUUUCGAAGUUACAAUGUCUGUUCCCGAAAAAAUAUUAAUGCGAAAGAUGAAGAAGCGGGAAAGAACAAAAUUGAAAAUUUUAAAACAACGAGAAGAACAAAAAGAUACAGAAAGUAAAUUAGAGAAGACAGAUCCCCAACAACAUAUAAAAGACAGUUCCUCAAAUGAGAAAAAAAAGAAAAAUGCUGUCAAAGAUGUCACUGAAGAUGUUAAUCAAGAAGUUACUACUGAUACUGACAAGAUCACUAAGGAUUUACCUGGUACAGAUAAGGGUCUCGAAGUAAUAAAUGAUACUAGUUUCUCUACUUUGGAAGGAAAAGUAUGUGAAAAUACUCUGAAAGCAAUACAAGAUAUAGGUUUCACAAAUAUGACAGAGAUACAAGCAAAAGCUAUCCCACCUCUUUUGGAAGGAAGAGAUCUAGUUGGUGCUGCUAAAACAGGGUCGGGCAAAACUCUGGCAUUUUUAAUUCCUGCUAUUGAACUGAUCUACAAAUUGAAAUUUAUGCCACGCAAUGGUACCGGAUGCAUCAUUAUGUGUCCAACAAGAGAAUUAGCCAUGCAAACUUUCGGAGUCUUGAAAGAAUUAAUGAAGUAUCAUUAUCACACAUAUGGUCUACUGAUUGGUGGUACUAACAGACAAGCUGAAGCGCAAAAACUUGGAAAAGGCAUCAAUUUCAUUGUGGCUACACCAGGACGAUUGUUAGAUCACUUACAAAACACUCCAGAUUUUUUAUACAAAAAUCUACAAUGUCUGAUAAUUGACGAAGCUGAUCGUAUACUGGAUAUUGGAUAUGAAGAAGAGUUGAAGCAAAUUAUUAACAUUCUUCCUAAGCGUCGGCAGACCAUGCUGUUCAGUGCAACGCAAACACAGAAAGUAGCAGCAAUAACGAAAUUUGCUCUGAAAAAAGAACCCAUAUACGUGGGAGUUGACGAUGAUAAAGAAAUGGCGACUGUGGAGGGUUUGCAGCAAGGCUAUGUUAUGUGUCCGAGCGAGAAGAGAUUCUUGCUUUUGUUUACGUUUCUGAAGAAGAACAGGAAAAAGAAGAUGAUGGUUUUCUUCAGUUCUUGCAUGUCUGUUAAAUAUCAUCACGAACUUUUGAAUUACAUUGAUUUACCAGUGAUGAGUAUACAUGGUAAACAAAAGCAGACUAAAAGAACCACGACUUUUUAUCAGUUUUGUAAUGCUUCUUCUGGAAUUCUGCUUUGCACCGAUGUAGCUGCAAGAGGUCUUGAUAUACCUGAUGUUGAUUGGAUCGUACAGUACGAUCCACCGGAUGAUCCUAAGGAAUAUAUUCAUCGUGUAGGUCGAACCGCUCGCGGAGAAGGCAGUAGCGGUAAUGCAUUGCUUAUAUUGCGACCAGAAGAAAUUGGUUUUCUUCGUUAUCUUAAAGAAGCUCGUGUCCCUGUAAAUGAAUAUCAGUUUUCGUGGAAUAAAAUUGCCGACAUACAAUUGCAGCUUGAGAAACUGAUUUCGAAAAAUUAUUUCUUACAUCAGUCAGCAAAGGAAGCAUUCAAAAAUUACGUCAGGGCGUAUGACUCUCAUCAUUUGAAACAGGUUUUUGAUAUAGAGACUCUUGAUCUGGCAAAGGUCGCAAAAUCAUUCGGAUUUACCGUACCACCAGCAGUAGAUUUGAAAGUAGGAAUCAGUAAAGCUUCACGAUCUCGGAAAAGACUUGGUGGAGGUGGUUAUGGACAAUUUAAUAAUAUGAAUGAUCCUAGUGCAGCAAAACGAAUGAAGCGAACCAAGACAUUCCGCCAUAUAAACAAACCUGGACAAGACAAUAGACAAUUCGGCAGAUAAUAGGCAGUUACUGCCUAUUAUCUGCUGAAUUGCCUGUUAUGUAUUAACUAAAAGUACGAGUUUAAUAAAAUACAGAUGUAUAAAACUAUGUUAAAUACAGAUGUAUAUAACAAUUUACAACAUGUCAUUAUCGAAAA